CAUAUAGGCUACUUCCCCGAGAAGGGAAACAAACAGAAACAAAAACACAGAUGGACUGAAUUGUAAAACUAUGUUAAAGUGGCUCUGGGUUCCUUCAAAGUGGAGGAAAUGUGUAAGGUUCAAGGUUGUUCUGAAAACCAGAGCAGCCGUCACAGAGCUGUUCCUAUUAACCACCAGCAGCAGAUACUUUAAAUCUUUCAGGACAAGUACCUCCUUGUGUUGUUAUUUCAGGCACCUCUUCUUUCCCCUGAAUUUUAGAGAUUACAUCAUAGAGAGAGUGUGAAGUAUGACACGAACCCCGAGGCAGGAAAGAAAGCACGCGUGUCACUCAUUUCUCAGAGCAACUCUUGGAUUACCUUUUAGCUAAGAUUAUUACAGGUGGCAAUCAAUUAUUUCAGUGGGUCUCUUGGCUGAUCCCAGUUUCUCAAUUCACAUUAAAAAAAAUCACAGAAGCUAGUAGGCUGUGUGUAGGUGUAAGGGAUACAGUGCUGUGAGUCACACCUUCACAAGACACAAAAGCCAGUAAUGAUUACAGCGACGGAUUUUUAAACAUUGGCGUACCAGCAGCCAUGAAUGUGGGCACAGCCAGAGGGGACAGACUGAAAGUACUGGAGACACUUAGUGUUCUCACUAAUUCAGGGAACAGUCUGUUCCUAGGUGAAGGGAAUUUGAGGGGGGAUUUGGUGGUCAAGUAUCUUCUGGAGUGACACAUAAGAAACUCAGUGGAAGGCUGUGGCCUCCAACUCCAAUCUCCCAUCUCUGUUGCCGGACUGGCCUCGUGGAAACACAGCACAAAGACACCAAGGACCGAGAAACUCAGCCUGCAAGAGGCCUCUGGCCCGCCAGGAUGCCAAGGCGCAGUCAGUCACGGAUCCAAGAGACUCAGAAGACGUCACACGUGACGCCCUGGGCCCUUCACCCUUCCUGCAACCUCGGGCUCUGCAGGCGCUGCGGGGCGUUGCGGACCAAGGAGGUUUGGCUGCCACGGGGGCGGAAGGACCAGAGAGGGCGGAACUUAGGAAAGGGAGGGGACCGCCAUCAGAACCGCGGAGGCCACUGUGGCAGCUCCGAGCUGACCCAGGGAAAGCGGUGUUGUGCAAUAAAUCCGCGGGAGGAGUGGGCGGGAGAGGGCUGGGUGGCCCGGAGUCCGCAGGACCGCGGCAGGAGGAUAGCUCUAGUUGUAUUCAGACUCCUGCACCCGGCGUAGCGGCCGAGAGAGAGGAAGAGAGCGCGCGCAGCAGAGGCUGCUGUGUGUGCGCGCGUGAGUGUGCGUGUGUGUGCGUGUCUACAGGUAGCAGCGGCAGCGGCGGGGACGCGAGCAGGGGACCCAUCUGCAGCUACCUCCCCGCGGGGGAUUUUCCACGGCGAUUGCUCUUUUGGCUGACGAUCCGUGGUCCCCAGGAGAUCCUGUCCUCUCCAUUUCUACUCUCCUUUAGGAGUCUCCAAUUUCAAGUGUGUGUUUGGGGGUAAUUUUAUUUAUUUUUUCCUCCUUCCUCCAAAGCUUCACAGGAAUUCUGCAUAUUGAAGCAGGUGCCUCCUGGCACGAAAUCCUUGGAUACAUUUGCUCUGCCAAGUUUUGCUGCUCCGGUCCCUUCCCUCCUCCAGAGGCUUCUGGGGUGCUUUUCUUUUGGAUUUACGUGCAGAAAACCUAUCUAUGUUUAUAUACUGGUCGGAUAGCUUAUAAAUACAUAUACUCGCGCCCCAUAGCCUGGUUUUCAUCUCUUCCCUACACAUCGAUAUGUUCCAGAGCUGAUGGACACCGAGAACAUUAUUCACAUUCUUUUGAUCCUGGUUUUGAACAAGGGGAGGGAGAGUGAAGAACUGUUUAACAUUCGGCCAUCAUUAGGCUGCACGCUAGGCACCACGAAGUAUUUCUGGUUGCAGAGCAGGUACAACCGGGGCUUAGAGAGAAGCAAAUCACCUGAUGGCAAGGUCUUCUGCUACACUGACUGGAUUAAUCUCCUAGAAUCUAUGAACUUUCAUGGCAUUGGAAUCAUGGAGUUUGUUCUGUUUUGAUAUAGACCCACAGUUAACUGGAUUUGAUUUAUACGAGGGAAAUCUACAAUCAAUGGCCACUCUCACCACAUUGCCACUGUGGAAAGCAGAAUGGUCAACAGGAGAUGGUCUGAUGAAUGGUGAUGACUGAAGAUGUUGCUUCAGUCUGUGUGAAGUCAAUGGGAGCUUUGUGCUCCACGAGGGACACUCUGAGCUUUCCUUAACAAGCUAACAUUUGAGAAGCUGGAGGUGCAUCCUACCACCAUUUCAUCUUUUUUAAGUGGAUACAAAUAUAUUUGCCUCACUGUACCAGAUAAUUAGACAACUAAUGUGGGACCAUGGCACUUCCCAGAUGCAUGUGGCCAAAUUAUGUUUGGAGAGCCAUGAUGGCAUGUGUGGUACACAGGGGACUGGGUGCCCCGUUGACUCUCUGUUUGUUGGGAUGUUUGCUACAGACUGUCCACGUACUCUCUCAGAAACUGGAUGAUGUAGACCCAUUGGUAACUACUAACUUUGGCAAAAUAAGAGGGAUUAAGAAAGAACUCAAUAAUGAAAUUUUGGGGCCUGUCAUUCAGUUUCUUGGGGUUCCGUAUGCUGCUCCACCAACAGGUGAACAUCGUUUUCAGCCUCCAGAACCACCAUCUCCCUGGUCCGAUGUCCGGAAUGCCACUCAGUUUGCUCCUGUAUGUCCCCAGAACAUCAUUGAUGGCAGAUUGCCUGAGGUUAUGCUUCCUGUGUGGUUCACUAAUAACUUGGAUGUGGUUUCAUCAUAUGUUCAAGACCAGAGUGAAGACUGCCUAUACUUAAACAUCUAUGUCCCAACUGAAGAUGUAAAAAGAAUAUCCAAGGAAUGUGCCAGAAAACCCGGCAAGAAAAUAUGUAGAAAAGGAGGUCCCCUUACAAAGAAACAGACAGAUGAUUUAGGUGAUAAUGACGGUGCUGAAGAUGAAGAUAUUCGGGACAGUGGGGGUCCCAAGCCAGUGAUGGUGUACAUCCAUGGUGGCUCUUACAUGGAAGGCACUGGAAAUCUAUAUGAUGGGAGUGUCUUGGCAAGCUAUGGCAAUGUGAUCGUCAUCACAGUCAACUAUCGGCUUGGGGUACUUGGCUUCUUGAGCACAGGGGAUCAGGCUGCCAAAGGAAACUACGGGCUCCUUGACCUCAUCCAGGCUCUAAGAUGGACUAGCGAGAACAUUGGGUUCUUUGGUGGUGACCCCUUGCGAAUCACUGUGUUUGGAUCAGGCGCUGGGGGUUCAUGUGUCAAUCUGCUGACUUUAUCCCAUUAUUCUGAAGGUAACCGUUGGAGCAAUUCAACCAAAGGACUUUUUCAACGAGCAAUAGCUCAGAGUGGAACAGCCCUUUCCAGCUGGGCUGUUAGUUUCCAGCCUGCAAAAUAUGCUAGAAUGCUGGCCACAAAGGUUGGCUGCAAUGUGUCAGACACAGUAGAGUUAGUGGAAUGCCUGCAGAAGAAGCCUUACAAAGAACUUGUUGAUCAAGAUGUUCAACCAGCCCGAUACCACAUAGCCUUUGGACCUGUGAUCGAUGGUGAUGUAAUACCGGAUGAUCCUCAGAUACUGAUGGAACAAGGAGAGUUCCUCAACUAUGAUAUAAUGUUAGGAGUUAACCAAGGAGAAGGGUUGAAGUUUGUUGAAAAUAUAGUAGAUAGUGAUGAUGGUAUAUCAGCCAGUGAUUUUGACUUUGCUGUUUCUAAUUUUGUUGAUAAUUUAUAUGGAUAUCCUGAAGGCAAAGAUGUUUUGAGAGAAACCAUUAAAUUCAUGUAUACUGACUGGGCUGAUCGACAUAACCCUGAAACUAGAAGGAAGACAUUGUUGGCUUUGUUUACGGACCAUCAGUGGGUAGCACCUGCUGUGGCCACAGCAGACCUUCACUCAAACUUUGGUUCACCUACAUACUUCUAUGCCUUUUAUCAUCAUUGCCAAACAGAUCAAGUUCCAGCUUGGGCUGAUGCGGCUCAUGGAGAUGAGGUUCCCUAUGUGUUGGGAAUCCCCAUGAUUGGCCCUACAGAGUUGUUUCCUUGCAAUUUCUCCAAGAAUGAUGUGAUGUUGAGUGCAGUGGUAAUGACAUAUUGGACGAAUUUUGCUAAAACAGGUGACCCAAAUCAACCAGUUCCUCAAGACACAAAAUUCAUUCAUACCAAACCCAACCGCUUUGAAGAAGUAGCAUGGACCAGAUAUUCCCAGAAAGACCAACUUUAUCUCCAUAUUGGAUUAAAACCAAGAGUCAAAGAGCAUUACAGAGCCAAUAAGGUAAAUCUCUGGUUGGAGCUGGUACCUCAUCUGCAUAAUCUCAAUGACAUUUCUCAGUAUACCUCGACAACAACUAAAGUGCCAUCCACAGACAUCACUCUCAGACCUACAAGGAAAAAUUCCACGCCUGUGACAUCAGCCUUUCCUACUGCCAAACAGGAUGAUCCCAAACAACAACCUAGUCCCUUCUCAGUGGAUCAGAGGGACUACUCCACAGAGCUGAGUGUCACCAUUGCAGUGGGGGCAUCUUUGCUGUUUCUGAAUAUCUUGGCUUUCGCAGCCCUAUACUACAAGAAGGAUAAGAGGAGACAUGAUGUCCACCGGAGGUGCAGCCCUCAGCGCACAACCACCAAUGACCUGACCCAUGCUCCAGAAGAAGAAAUCAUGUCCCUCCAAAUGAAGCACACUGACUUGGAUCAUGAGUGUGAGUCCAUCCAUCCACACGAGGUGGUUCUUCGGACCGCCUGCCCCCCAGAUUAUACCCUAGCAAUGAGGAGGUCACCUGAUGAUGUUCCUUUAAUGACACCUAACACCAUCACAAUGAUUCCCAACACUAUACCAGGGAUUCAGCCCUUACACACAUUCAACACAUUUACUGGAGGACAGAACAAUACACUGCCCCAUCCCCACCCCCACCCCCAUUCACAUUCAACAACCAGGGUAUAGCCAGAUGAGAGAGACAAACUGAUUUUUUUUCUGAUGGAGUACAGUAAAAGAUUAUUGAAGAUUCCUUGGCUUUCAACUUGGAAGACUCUCACUAUUUAACUAAGGAGGAAUAUUAUGUGAAUAUACAUAUCAAGAACUUUGGGGGUUUUGAAAAAUCAAUUGUAUAUAGAUAUACACACAAAUCAACUUUAAAAAAACAAAUUUCAAUUGCUUGAAGCAAUUGUUCUGAAUGAUACUUUUUCAUUCACAUUCAAGAAUUAAUUUGUUGAAGAUUUAAGUUGCAUACCGGAGUUAGGCAUGUGGAACACCAAACAGGAAAGUACUGUGUCUGAAAUACUUAAAAAAACAAAAACAAAAACAAAAAUAAAAUCAACUAUGAAUAUGCACAAGGGACACACCAAUGGAAUGUCAGAUAAUUUCCGUCAGUUUUCCUUUGGAGCCCUUUCAUUGUGUAGACCAUGUUUGCAUAAGUACACAGAGCACUGACGCUGUUAAUGACAUAGCAAAGGCUCAUGCUGAUGAUUGCCAGUAAAACAAAGAAGUUUAAAGACUGGCAGGUACAAUGUUAUCACAUAAGUGCUGUCAGUACUAAGUCGUGGGAUCAAGGAGACUGGAUAUUUUUAGCACGAUGUGCAUGAUAAUUUAUAUGCUUGGUGGCUGUGCUGCUGAUUAAGCCGUAAUUAAAAUUCUUCUCAUCCCAUUGGAGUUUUUAAUAGGAGCUUCCUCCACCAAUUGGCAGAACCCAAAGAAGAUUUUAUAAGGGGCAAAAGUAAUUACAAUACAAUAAUUCGCAGUAGUUUCAAUAAUAGAGGGAAUAGGUAUUAAAGUCUAUGGAGAAACUAUAGGUACAGUGGUGAAUACUCACUGAUAUGAGUCCCAGAAAAUUUCCUCUGAGUUUAAUGUUCUUUUCACUCCCAUAUAAGUAAUUUAUAGAAUACACUCUAACUGGACACGUGUUAGCUGUGGAUCUAUAAUUUGCUGCAGGUUUCUUACUCUGAAGUUUGUCCCUUCGGUAAGGUGAAGUGCCACAGUUUUUCAGGGUGUAAGGAUGCCCCAAUAGUACCGCUCUGAUUACAGUUCUCAGUUAAUUGAUUUACUCAUGUUGCAUGACAAAAUGUUUACUACUAAUAAUUCAAUAUAAAGUUCAGUCCCUCUUCACUCUGCUUCUCUGUCUCACUGAGGUUCACUUGACUUUCCUCAUGAGAUCUCAGUAGAGGACAACGUAGGUACAGAACCUAGGGGAGUCAACAGCUGGAGGGUUUGUCUUUCACACAUGUGCAAUUUCAAUGAAUUAUCUAAGACCACAGGAAACUCUGAAUCCCCUGUUGUUUACCAGUAAUCUCAGUAUACCACAGACCUUUCCAAAUGUUUGUAUAUGUAAUCAGAUGUACAUUUAUAUUAAAAAUUGAGAUGGACUUAAAGAGCACAUCCUGAUAAAUGAUUUCUCUCUUAUCUGUACUAUAUUUCUAUUAGACUAAAGUUAUGUGAUUUUUUUUUACCUUUUUUCAGAUGACUAGCAAUUUUGAUAGUUUGUAAGAUAAUGCAAAGGACUUUCUCUGACUAACUGAAGUAACAGAAACUUUUCUUUCCAGCUACUCUUUUUCAAGAAUUGAAAGCUUAUUAUACAAAAGAAAACACUUGUAUACUACUUGAUGGGAAGGACUUUGUGUAUCUAUCUCGACCACGUCAGUGGUCCUAUGGUGAAAUAAAGAUAAUCUGGAUAAUGAUGAUUAGUCAAAUGCUAAGAGACAUGGUCUUUGCUCAUUAAAGAGCUAAAAUGUU